UUCUACCGAGCUUUCGUUUGUGUGCAUUGAUCAAUGAGCUUAAUCUGAGAAUUUGUGCAUCUGGCUGUAUAUGCAGCGAGUCGCUGAGGAUAUUGUCUCGACGGCGAGUCGACACGUCUUCUGUGCUCCACCCCGUGAUGGUGCAAGCGAAGAUCUGUUGAUUGAUGAUGGCCGGAUACCAGCACUUGACAGCACCGGCUGCUGACUCUGUAUUCCUAUACGCAUCGCAUGGAGACGGGUCCAAAUGGCUUUCGCCAACGGGUGCGGCGUAUCGCCGCAUAUUAAAUCAAGACUAUACCGAAAUAUUGCAAAGCUGUCGGCAACGUGGCAUUGACUCGACGGUCACAUCUUUCAUGGUGGAACAGCUUGCCGAACAUUGCGGUGCAACGAGCGACAACUUCGAAGUUCUUGUGCGGGAAGGUGCGCAAUUAAUCCAAAGAUCUUUUACCUUGAACGAUGAGGAGCAAUUGCGCUGGGUGCCUACAGACCUACAUGUGCGACAAGCUAUUCAGGAUCUGGACCUCCAGCGGAGCGCAUCACAUGGCUUCGAGAUCUCACAAGCUCCCUCCGAUAGGGCCAUCAUGCUUCGCUCGUACGUCAACGGCUCAAUGAUUGACAUCUUGCAGUAUAAGCUGAGCCAACAAUUUGCGCACAAGAUAGCGGAAAUAACUACUGCUGUAUCGAACAGUGGGAAUCCGCUGCUAUCUGCAGCCAACAAACCGGCCGUUGAGAGAAUGCCCUUAGCGCAGGCCUCAUCCAAUCUGCCGUCUCGCAAGGAACUGGCACCGGCGACAACUGAGAAGCGUAAACGGGAAGACGACAUGCAAGGAAGUGGCCCUUCAAGGUUCCUACCUGGUAGCGACUCUGACGAUGAAAACGCAUUGGAAGAACAGGCAGCUGGGCUCCAGGCGAAGAUUGCGUCCAUACGUGCAAGGACCGCUGAUGAAGACGUGUCCAUGCCUCGGAAGAAGGCGAGAAAAGCAAAACUGAAGAACACAAGUGCUGCUUCGCUGGUACGCGGUUCACAGCUUCCAUCUCAGCAACCCACCGCUCCUGCUCACCUGCUCGUCCAACCGAAGAUGGAAGCCGAGCUGCCUCCAGCCACAGUUACAGACAAAUCAGCUGUAUCUUCUUCGAAUGGAAUCAAGCUUAUUCUGAGGAGGCAAGGAAAGCCGGACUACAGGUGUAAAGCAUCCAUGAACACAACCUUCGAAAAGAUCAUCACAGUAGCCAGGAAGGAGUUCGAAAUCCCUGUCACACAAGCAGUUUGCCUUCACUUUGAGGGUCAGAGGUUGAGUGCCGCAGAGCUUGUGCGUGAAGCAGGCCUUCGAGACUACGCCUGUUUGAAAGUGUUUGACCUUCCUGCGGCGAACCCUCACAAUACAAGCGCAGUCGACCUGAAAACCGAAAACAAAAUGUUUCAGGACGAGGCAGUUCAACAGCGUCAGAUUGCGGGAGCGGUUCUCGCGAAUCUCAGACCCAUGCCGCCAGUCGUUGACCUCACUUCGAGCUCGCCGCCACAACACGUGUCACCCGCAGCGGCACAAGCGCAACCGCCACCGCCACCUCCACCUCAAUCCGAGCCUAAACUGUGCGGUGAGCAGCAAGAAGUUGUAGAUGCCAUUCUAGCAGGGAAGAAUGUGUUUUAUACGGGUUCGGCCGGCUGUGGUAAAUCUACCGUAUUGAAAGCAUUCGUGCCGCGCCUUCGCGAACUUGGUAAGACAGUCAGGAUCAUAGCCCCGACGGGCAAGGCGGCUUUGGAUAUCAACGGCUCUACAACUUGGACAUAUGCAGGAUGGACUCCCGGGCACAUGAAACGACCACUUGAUGAACUUGUCAAUGCAGCACAUGGCAAGUUUGUCUCGAAAAGGUUCAGAGACACGGACGUACUGGUCAUUGAUGAAGUUAGCAUGGUCGAAAACCACCUUCUCACCAGGCUCAGCAAGAUCAUGCAGGCAGCUCGCGGAAGGGAUUUGCCAUUCGGUGGCGUGCAGCUGGUUGUCACAGGCGACUUCUGUCAGCUGCCUCCCGUGAAGCCAUUUCAAUUUUGCAUGACCUGUGGCAGGGAACAAAUCAGGAAAGUGGGACCCCGAGGAGAGACACUUUAUCGAUGUCCGCUGCACGGAGACUGCAACGAUGAUGACAAAUGGGCUUUUCGAAGCGCGGUCUGGGAAGAUUGCAAGUUCAAGCACGUCAACUUGACCAACAUUCAUCGCCAAAGCGAUGAGGUCUUCAUCGGCAUUCUGCAGAAACUGAGGAUCGGAAAGCCGCUUACGAACGCUGAUCGUCAGCUCCUACUGGACCAUCCCUGCGAUGUCAAGAAUGCCGUCAAGCUAUUUCCGACGCGAGAAGAGGUCAGGCGAAUCAACCAGACCGAGUUCGACAGGCUCAAGACUGCCAAGCGGGAGUUUCGUUGUCUGGACUACUUCAGCUGGAACGAAACACACGGCAAUCUUCGCGAGAAAGGUCGACGCUCGCCAGUAGACAACUCGCUUGAAGCUUUGCGUGAACAUCGCCUCGAUACCCUUGUAGAGUUCAAAGCGGGCAUGCUUGUUGUGCUGCUCGUGAAUCUCGAUAUCGCGAACGGCCUGGUCAAUGGGAGCCAAGGAAGAGUGAUCGGAUUUGAGCCGUACGCCGAGUCAAAGCUCCCCAAAGCGGCAGUACGCGAAGGCGGUGGAAGACUCACGUCGUUCUCUCGCUCUAGCGGCAAGAAGUCUCGAUACGGCAGAGAGACUUCGCCAGAGCCAUCCGAGAGCAUGGUGCAGGGAGAAUUGCGAGGUGAAUACGCCGAGCUCCGACAAGGUCAGAUCCAAGAUUUCAUUCUGCAACCUCGCAAUCAGAACAAGAUGUGGCCAAUUGUGGAGUUCGACAAUGGCCUUAGAAGGACUGUCUACGCGGAUUGCCAGGUCAAUGAGCUGGGGGACGAGAAGCCCUAUACUUUGCUGGCAAGAACGCAGAUUCCGCUGAUUGCGGCAUGGGCUAUGACAAUUCACAAAUCUCAAGGCAUGACGCUCAACCGAGUGAUAGUUGAUCUUGGGCGAAGUUUUGAGGAGGGACAGGAAUAUGUGGCGUUGAGCAGAGCGCGAAGCCUUGAAGGGCUGAAGGUCAUGGGGCUGGGAGAGAAUGUUGGGAAGGGUGGCAACGCGCAGGUGAAACAAUUUCUCAAGGAGAAGUUCAACCUGUCAUAGAUUGCUUCAAAGCGGUGCGUACAGGUCGACUGUGCUGUGCUGGUGCUGGCUGUGUGAUCCACGGAUGCGCCGACGGAUGUGGUGGAUGAGCGUCGCGAACGCGUCGAAAGUGUUCCUUCCCUUGACGCGAGAAGAGCGAUGGCUGCCUCACACUCCAGCCAUACUGCCAAAUCCCUCCCAAUUUCUUCUGCGCAA